UUGUACGUGCAGUGGGGCGGAGUCGCGGAGUGGGAGGUUUGAUCACGUUGUGACGUGACAGGAUAUCUUCCUUUUCACGAGAAGCUUCAGGAAGAGGCACACAAGCCAGUAAGCUUGUGAAACUCCCAAGUUCGGUUUUUAAUACCCAGACAAGCAGUUUAGACUUCACCAAAGUUACCUCCAAAGUUUGAAAGCAUUCUACCCUAAUGAGUAUACUACUGAUCGAAGCUUUUUAUGGGGGCUCACACAAGCAGCUUAUUGACCUGCUCCAGAGAAAUGUUGAGGACUGUGUUGCUUAUACACUACCAGCAAAGAAAUGGCACUGGAGAGCACGUACAGCUGCUAUUUACUUCAUGCAGGCUGUCCCAGUCAGUGGCAGUUACAGGGUCCUCUUUACCAGCUCAGUUCUUAACCUGGCUGAACUAGCUGCCCUCCGACCCGACCUUGCCACAUUGAAAAAGAUCCUGUACUUCCAUGAGAAUCAACUGGUAUAUCCUGUCCGGAAGAACCAGGAAAGAGACUUUCAGUAUGGAUACAACCAAGUUCUUUCAUGUUUGGUGGCUGAUGUGGUGGUGUUUAAUUCUGCCUUCAACAUGGAAUCCUUUCUCACUACCAUUGGUACCUUCAUGAAGCUCAUCCCAGACUACAGGCCCAAAGAUUUGGAAAAGAUCAUCAGACCCAAAUGCCAAGUACUCUACUUUCCUAUCAACUUUCCUGAUGUCAAAAGAUUUUUUACAGAUGAUAAACAUUCCUACUUCUCAGAAAAAACUGUUGUGGAAGAAGCUAGAAAUCCUGAACGUUGUCUGUCGGAGAAUGAGAACUCCACAUUGGUCAAGAGACUGACAAAAAACAGUGAUUCCGAUCAGGAGCCUGGAUCUUGUAAAAAGAUUAGUGCCACUUGCCAGGAAGUACCACUUAACCCACCAGGAACACCACAGGAGCUGAACAGAAAGGAAGAAUCAGAAAGUACAGUCCCUUAUCAUGAAGAAGAUAAGGAGCAACCCACCUUUGACCCCUGUGGCAAGACGGGUGGGAUGGUAGAGAAAUGUGAUGGGCUAACAAAUCAACAAAGACCUCUACGCAUCGUGUGGCCUCACAGGUGGGAACACGACAAAGACCCUGAGGCCUUCUUCAAGACAUUACUAAAGCUGAAAGAGAAGGGGCUAAACUUUCAAGUGUCCGUCCUUGGUGAGACCUUUAGUGAUGUGCCAGACAUCUUCACAGAAGCCAGAAAGGACCUAGACGCCUGUGUGUCACAUUGGGGCUACAUAUCCAGCAAAGAAGAAUACUUCAAAGCUCUGUGUGAGGCAGAUGUUGUAGUUUCAACAGCCAAACACGAGUUCUUUGGAGUGGCAAUGUUAGAAGCUGUUCAUUGUGGGUGCUAUCCGCUGUGCCCAAAUGCUUUGGUUUAUCCAGAAAUAUUUGCUGCUGAAUAUCUGUACUCUACACCUGAACAACUGUUCAAGAGGCUUCAGAAUUUCUGCAAGAGACCAGACCUUGUAAGGAAACAUCAUGCCAAGGUUGACACGGAUCAGUUUUCUUGGGCUGCUCUGUGUAGGGAAUUCAGGUCUCUCCUUGCAGCAGAAGCCAGGGAAGAUUUGUGACAGAUGGGGCUAAGUCACAAACUUGCAGCCUAAGGCAGAAUCUGCGGAACUUUCCAGAGUGUGCCCAUAUUUACCUGAUCAGAGAUUGAGAGGGAAGAAAUGUGCAGAGGAAGCUGAGCCUGGCUGCUUGUCAUAGCUGACACAGAGCCAUCUGCCACAAACCUGUGGCGGCUUCAGAUCUCCAUUCCCUGCCACCACCCCAACCCAAAUUAAAUACAGAUUCAUAGAGACGUUAUGAUGGUUACACAUGUCCCCAGCUUCACAUGCAGGAGACUUUGUUAAAAAAAAUGUGGUCUGUUGUAUAACCACACUCAUGUAUCCCAUAUGUGGUGCCACAUUGAAUUUCCGGUCGAAUCUGUUUUUAUCCUUUGUACUGGAUGACAUGGUGCCGGAAUUCUUUCUUUCUCCGACAUGAUGGCAGCCAAGCUACAGCUUCAAACGCUCGCACUUGGCUGCAUUUCUACCUAGGUUGCCAGGUUAUCGUCGCGUCCUCAGAGGGCCACGGGGGCUGAAAGGAGGAUAAGAGUGCUUCUGGACUAAUUGGGCAGCCAUCCAUGAAUUGUUUUUCAGGCGAGAGGGCUGCUUUAGUGCUUGCCUUCUUUGCAAAUUAAUGACUCUGGCACAGGGGUUUUUAAGUGAAGGUAUUAAUAAGGGGCCUGGCAGGUAUUCCCAUGAUUCACAGUGUUACAUUUGCAUUUAAUUAAUCUUAAAGCAAGCUCCAAGAUAAACAGCUGUAAUUCAGACGAGCAUUGGGAAUAUGCGACAUGGUGCCACCUAUCUGAUGAAAUGGAAACCAAUAUACUUGUUUUUAUUUUUCUUCAAGCUGUUUCGAACACUAUCGCACCAGUAAGCCAAUAAUGAUUCAUAGUGUAUUUUAACAUUUUGAUAUGGAAGGUACUUAAAUGUUAAUAAAUAUUCUGAUUUUUGAGACAUGUUUUAAUUUUCAGUUAUAUAUUAUAGGUUAAUUACCUGUUUGCUAUGUUGGUGUCAUUUUGUUGUUUCCAGCAGGUAAGUCAUUUAAACAUUUAGUUAAAGUGAUUAGUUCAAGAACAAAACAAUGUCACAUUUGAUAUGGUUUCUGCUAUGAAUUUAUACAAGUAUAAUUAAAAGUGUGAUUGAAAAAGGA